UGGCGCCCCGGCCCCGGUGGUCACGUGACGGCUGCGAGCGGGCGGACGGCCAGCCAGCCCGCCCAGAGGCCGGGGGCAGAGCAGAGCUCUGGGUGUGCUCGCCCGCUACAGCUGAAUGGCUCCGCUCAGCCGAUUCUUCUUAAACGCUUGUCCGGGCGCGCUGGAUUGAAGUCCCAGGUUUUCACGUGGAUGCUGAGCUCGUGAAGCAUCGUCCCCACGCAUUCGAGGCAGAUCUUGCCUGGGUCAGGCUUUGAGGACGAAAAAAAGUCUUGUCGGUGUGGCCCAGGAGCUUGGCGAGCUGGACUGUCCCGGGUGAGAGGAGGAAGCGGCAUUAGAGGAGUGUGAAGAACAGGGGAACUACACUAAAGAAACAGAGGAGAGGCAAACAGAGGAGAGGCUGCAUAACACAAGUGGGUUUUUGAACAAGCAUUUUACAGUGGAUAUGAACUCUACUUUCUCUUCUGGUGAACUUUUGAUAAAUGGACACUGACAUGGACUACGAAAGACCCAACAUUGAAACCAUAAAAUGUGUGGUGGUUGGUGAUAAUGCAGUGGGAAAGACUCGCUUAAUUUGUGCAAGAGCAUGCAAUACAACCUUGAAACAGUACCAGCUGUUGGCAACUCAUGUACCAACUGUCUGGGCAAUUGAUCAGUACCGCGUCUGCCAAGAGGUCCUUGAACGUUCACGGGAUGUUGUUGAUGAAGUAAGUGUUUCCCUCAGGCUCUGGGAUACAUUUGGUGACCACCACAAAGACAGACGUUUUGCUUAUGGAAGGUCUGAUGUAGUUGUUCUGUGUUUUUCAAUUGCUAAUCCUAAUUCUCUGAAUCAUGUGAAAACAACGUGGUAUCAAGAAAUCAAGCACUUCUGUCCUCGCACACCUGUUAUUCUGGUUGGCUGCCAGCUAGAUCUCCGUUAUGCUGAUCUUGAAGCUGUUAAUAGAGCCAGACGACCUUUAGCAAGGCCUAUAAAAAGGGGAGACAUUUUACCACCAGAAAGAGGCAGAGAGGUUGCCAAGGAGCUUGGCAUCCCAUAUUAUGAAACCAGUGUAUUUGACCAGUUUGGAAUUAAGGAUGUUUUUGAUAAUGCGAUUAGAGCUGCACUGAUCUCCAGAAGACACCUGCAGUUCUGGAAAUCAUAUUUGAAGAAGGUUAAAAAACCAUUACUUCAAGCUCCAUUCCUACCUCCCAAGGCACCUCCUCCAGUUAUCAAAAUCCCAGAGUGUCCUGUACCCAGUACGAAUGAAGCUGGAUAUUUAUUGGACAGUCCUUUGUGUGCAGAUGUCAUGUUUGUUCUCCAAGAGCAGAGUCACAUUUUUGCUCACAAGAUUUACCUAGCUACCUCCUCUUCAAAGUUUUAUGAUCUUUUUUUAAUGGAAUGUGAGGAAUCUCCAGACUUAACUGAAAUGCAGUAUAAUAAGGAACACAUCAGUAGGGACUUCCUGUCUAGAAGAAAUGAUGACAUUGAUGAGGCAACCUUAAAAAUGUCUGAUGCCAAACUUCCAACACCAGAAAGUGAUGGCACUUUAAAGACGCUGGAAUUGAAAGCUGAAGACACUAGUUCUGCAACAAAAGCUUUGUCAUCAUGGGGUAAAGGGUUUGUUAGUAUGCAUAAAAAAAUUCAAGUCAACCCUAUCUCAAAUAGGAUGUGUCCUGUAACUGUGGUCAAAAUGGAUUCCUCUGUUCAGGCUGGGCCUUUUAAAACUGUUUUACAAUUUCUGUACACUGGGCAACUGAAUGAAAGUGAAAAAGAUCUAACAAAGCUAGCUCAGAUUGCUGAAAUCUUAGAAGUAUUUGAUUUACGGAUGAUGGUAGAAAAUAUUAUGAACAAAGAAGCCUUCAUGAAUGAAGAGAUUACUAAAGCAUUUCAUGUCAGGAAGGCUAAUCGAAUAAAAGAGUGCCUUUGCAAAGGGACAUUUUCUGAUGUGACUUUUAAGCUGGAUGAUGGAAGCAUAAAUGCCCAUAAGCCUCUACUGAUCUGUAGCUGUGAAUGGAUGUCUGCUAUGUUUGGAGGGUCAUUUGUUGAAAGUUCAAACAGUGAGGUUCUUCUUCUUACCAUAAACAAGACUUCUAUGCAGGCUGUCCUGGAUUAUCUGUAUACCAAGCAGUUAUCAUCAAGUCAGGAGUUGGACACACUUGAAUUAAUUGCAUUGGCAAACAGAUUUUGCCUUCCUCACUUGGUUGCACUUGCAGAACAGCAUGCUGUGCAGGAGCUGACAAAAGCAUCAAUGAAUGACAUUGCAAUAGAUGGCGAUGUACUCUCCUAUUUGGAAUUUGCACAGUUCCACAAUGCUAAUCAGCUGGCUGUGUGGUGCUUAUACUACAUCUGCACCAAUUACAACAGUGUUUGCUCCAAAUUCCGUAAAGAAAUAAAAGCUAAAUCCGCAGAUAAUCAGGAAUAUUUUGAGAGACACCGCUGGCCGCCUGUGUGGUACCUAAAAGAAGAGGAUCACUACCAGCGAGUUAAAAAGGAAAGAGAACAGGAAGAUACUGCACAGAAUAAACAUCAUUCAAAACGGAAGUGGUGCUUCCGGAAUUCCUCUGCUGUAGUUGCCUGAACAAAGAAAAUACAUGGAAACACUUAAAGUGUAAUUAUAUAAUUAUAACACUGCUCUAAUAUUAGUCAUAUUGUUAGAAAUAAGAUGUAGCUCAGGUUUCAGGCACUGACUUCAUUCCACGUGUGUGCAUUUAUUAUUGUUAGGAUCAAAAGCAUAAGCUUACCUAAAGUGAGCCUGGAACAGCUCCUUAAAGUCAUAUGUAUAUUUUUGGUUAAUAAGCAAAAUAAGCCUCUACCAUUAUUACAUUUCUUUUUAUAUAAAAGCAAUUUUCAAACUCCAAAUUGGGAAAUAUUUUUAUACUGUCUUGUGUAUUUUGUUUAAAUAAAAAUUCUGGAUAUUACUUUAUUUUACAGACCACAAAAUAACCAUAUAAUGCUUUAUACUUAGAUUUUAACUGUUUUUCCUUUUUGAUAAGAUAGAAUCCAAAUAGACAAUCCUCAGUCUUUACUGACUGUUUUUAAAGUAUCCAGUAAAAAUGUUCACCUUUGUUUGAAAACCAGUUUUUGUUCCUUAAGGUACCAUACACUCAUAAUACAAUUAGAUGGUUAUUUCUUCUUUCUAAAGUAAAGGAGUGUUUAAUGUUUGCUCAGCUGAAUAAUAGGCAGUAUAAUUACCUGUUCAGCUGCAGGAACAUGUAUUUCUAACAUUUGCCAUGUAAGUGCAAAUAAUUAUGGUUGUAUGGAGCAUGUGAAAUCUAGUGAUUCUAAGUAUUCAGAGGUUUAAAAUGUCUAGAUUCAAGAGGAUAAUUUUAAAAUCAUUAGAAGGGCUUAUUAUUUUAUAUCUAUCCAGGGUAAACGCAGUAUGGACAUGAAUACAAGGAGAAGUUCUGUAUAGUAUUUGCAUUACUGCAGUACAGUUGACUUUUUGGGUUUUUUUCUUUUUCAUUUGAGUGUCUGGGUCUGCAGUCAUUCCUCAUGCAGAAUUCCUUUUGGCUUCGUGGAGAGUUAUAUUAAUGAAAAGGCAGCAAAACCAGGGAGGUACUUUCUUCUGUUGUAGUAUCAGUAUUUUAUAAAUGAAGAAUGAUCUUUCCCAUACAAGUUAGUUUAGAUUUGGUUAAAAUUAUUUUGCAGCUCUUUCCAAGUGGAACUCAAAAUUAGAUUCUGUAUUUUAAAGUAGAUUGUGCAUUCCUGUUGCAGUAGUUAUUCCAGGAAAACACAAAGUUGAAGGUACAGUGAAUAAAAAAAAACCCUGCAUUUUUGUUUCAUUGGUGAAAAAAAGCCUUCAGCAUGUUCAAAUAUCCUUUUUGUUUAUGAUUGUCUAAAGACCAACUGUUGCUUUGUACUUGUAGCAUUACACUAGAAAAUACAAGGAUGCAAAAGCUUUUUAAAUGACCAAACUGAAAUUCUUAUAAAUUAAAUUAUAGAACAUACAUUCCCAGUCCUAUAUAGUGUCUCAGGCAUAGUUCUGUAACCGUGGUAGUAUUGUGUAUUGGAUUUGUUAUUGAUGUUUCCAGCAGGCAACUCAGCAUACUGAUGUGAAAAGCUGGGUUUUUUUCUUGUAUUCAAAGGCAAAGUAAGUUCAAACCCCAGUACCAUGGGUUAGGAAAGGCUUCAGACUGAAAGCCAUACACGCCUCUAAAUAUUCAGGUUCUAGACAGCUCAUUCCUGACAGAUGCUAUCCUAGAGUGCUAGAAGUUGCUUAGCAUUGGUAGAGAGAGAUGCUGCUGCAGAAACUAUUGUAAAGAAAACAAGUGACAGACUCCAUCACCUAUAAGAUUUAUCACUGUACAGUGAUAAAGAAUGGCUAUGAAGGAAGGUUGGAAGUCUACCCACAUCAAUUCUUGUGCAGUGGUUUUGUAAAUUGUUAGGGAAAGAAUGAAUGAGAGAAUAAAUAUCAAAACUAUGAUGAAAUUAAUAUCUGUUCAGACAUAAAAUGUUAACAUCGUCAUUUAAAUAAAUACUGCUACUAGGUUUUACACAACCAGAGCUACUUUAUGAUUGUAAUCUUGCUAAACUAUAAUGGAUAUAUAAAUGAACCUGGGGUAUAUGCAAUAAUAUCCACUUGUACUAGUUAUCAGCUACUAUAACCAAGUGGCUGGCUCAUUUGGUUAAUGCUGUCUAUGGCCUUUACUCUUGGUGUGGUUAUUUUGUUUUUUUAUUUUGCAAAAAAGUCAAUAAAAUUGUUUAGCUAUAAAAUGCCUUCUAAUUCUUUGAAACUGCUUUAAAGCCUGUGUAAAGCACCUAGGUUUUAGUCUAUUUGUUAACAGUAAUAAUGAAAUAUAUUUAACAAAAUUGUGUACUAAAUCCAUGAUUAUAUGGUAUAAGAAAACAUAGGUUUAAAACGUUGCAAGAAGAGCCUAUAGCAUUUGUACAUAUGACGCAGGGAGGGAACUGGAUGUUUGUCACAAGUAUAUAACAAUGUUUUCGUGGCGCUUUUUCAUGCAGUUUCUAAUAUUUUAAUCACCAGGCCAAUAGCCCUGGAAUAUAAAAUGAAUUAGAUGUGACCAAAAAUGGGGGGAGAGUAAAACAGGUAGGCUUUGGGAAGGUUUUUUUUUGUUGAUUUUUUUAGGUAUACAAUAGGCUUGCUAAAUAAACUGCAUGCUUUAUUAGCUUCCCCUGGCAUUGGUCUUCAACAGCCAAGCAGAAACUCCAAUUAAAAGUUAAGGAAUAUGCAGCAACAAUUUCUUUUUUUGUAUCUGAGCUGCUAAAUUGACAAACCUAGGGAGUUACAGUUUUAGAGAACUUGCAAGAUGAUGUGUGAAAAAUGCCUUGUUUAUGUUUUUUUAAGCUAUUCACCAAUGCCAAGGACAUUGAAAAUAAUCACUUUCAGUACUCAAUGUACUUUCCUCUUCUAAAGUGCUAAUUUAUGAGAAUGCUGCAUAAUUCAAUGAUUUGGUUUAUUUUAAGAAGCAAGACUUUCUUCCCAUGAAUUUACAAUUAGAAUUCAGGUAAUGUAUUCAGUAAAAGAAGAAUAAUGUAGCAACAGAGAGAAUGCUACUGAUUUGUUUAUGUUAAAAACAGCAAUGUAUUAACAAAACCAUUAAAGUAUAUUCCUUUA